GUUAAUCACGUAUAUGAGUAUCUCUACACGUGAAAUCGUCCGAUAUAUUUCAUAAGAAAGAAGAAUAAUGUCGUGGUUAUUUGGAGUCAACAGUGGGCAAAACCCACAACUACCACAGUCGCCCUUUCUACCCCCUCCCCCACCAGAUGGAGAUGACAAGGGGUCUGGAAAGGGACAAGGUUCCAAAAUGGAUGCAUACCGCUUUGACUCGGCCGCCCUUGAAAGGGCUGCACGCGCCGCAAAGGAAUUGGAAUCAUCAAAACAUGCCAAAGAUGCAUUGGAUCUUACAAAGAUGCAAGAGCAAACUGCUCAGAUGGAUCGGCAGAAGCAAAUCAAAGAACUGGAAGCUCAAAUGGAACAGUUGAAAAUUGAGCAGGCUAAAGUAUCACAAGAGGAAAGGCGGAAAACACUCAGUGAAGAAACAAAACAGCAUCAACAGAGAGCUCAGUAUCAAGAUCAGUUGGCUCGGAAACGAUAUGAUGAUCAGCUAAUUCAACAGGCAAGGACGAAUGAAGAAAAUUUACGAAGGCAAGAAGAAUCGGUACAAAAACAAGAAUCUAUGAGAAGAGGCACAAUUGAACAUGAAGCUGAACUUCGACAUAAAAAUGAAAUGAGAAGAAUUGAGGCCGAGAUGUCUGGAAAAGCCAAAGUAGAUCGUGAAAAUCAAGAUUUGAUUAAAGAACAAAUUCGUCUAAAAGCAGCUGAAAAUCGACAAACAGUUUUAGAAUCAAUUAAGACAGCUGGAUCUGUUUUAGGAACUGGAUUUCAAGCUUUUAUAAAUGAUUGGGAUAAAGUUUCAGCAUCGGCUGCUGGUUUAACAUUAGUAGCUAUUGGCGUAUAUGCUGCUAAAUAUGGAACAGGUGUGGCUGCUAGAUAUGUUGAAUCACGAUUAGGUAAACCUUCACUUGUACGUGAUACAUCCAGAUUAACAGUUCUAGAAGCUAUCAAGCAUCCAAUAAAGACUGUUAAACAAUUGUCUACAAAACCUGAAGAUGCUUUACAAGGUAUCAUAUUAAAACCACAAUUAGAAGAGAGAUUACGAGACGUUGCUAUAGCUACCAGACAUACGAGAAAGAACAAAGGUUAUUACAGGAAUAUUUUAAUGUAUGGUCCACCUGGUACAGGAAAGACUAUGUUUGCUAAGAGUUUAGCCAGGCACUCAGGAAUGGAUUAUGCGAUAAUGACUGGUGGUGACGUAGCUCCAAUGGGAAAAGAAGGGGUAACAGCCAUGCAUAAAGUUUUUGAUUGGGCUCAGACAAGUAGGAGAGGCGUUUUACUGUUUGUUGAUGAAGCAGAUGCAUUUCUUAGAAAAAGAAGUACAGAAGUUAUAAGUGAAGAUAUGAGAGCUACUUUGAAUGCCUUUUUAUAUAGAACUGGUGAACAAUCUAAAAAAUUUAUGUUAGUAUUAGCUAGUAAUCAGCCAGAACAAUUUGAUUGGGCUAUAAAUGAUAGGUUAGAUGAAAUGGUAGAAUUUGAUGUGCCGAGUCUAGAAGAAAGAGAGAGAAUGUGUCGACACUAUUUCCAUGAAUAUGUGUUAAAACCAGCUACAGAAGGAACAAGAAGAUUAAAGGUGGAACAGUUUGAUUAUGGUGUUAAAUGUGCAGAGAUUGCUAAGAAAACAUCAGGUCUAUCUGGCAGAGAAAUAGCUAAGUUAGGUGUUGCCUGGCAGGCCAAAGCAUACGCUUCAGAAGAUGGUGUACUAACACAGAAAAUGAUUGACGCCAUUGUAGCUGAUGCUGUAGCUCAACACACAAAGAAAGUCAAUUGGCAGAAGGAACAGGAGCUACGUAACCCUGGGGCACCAGAAUAUAUUUCAGUUAAAGACGCUGCUUCAUUUUCUAGACAUGAUUCACCGAAAACCAAAUCUUGAUGGAAGACAUAGGUCAUAGGUUAUUCUACUUCGUUACGUAAAUAUUCAUCGUCCCAUUUAAGGAAGUCAUUGUAAUAUAUCUCACGGAUGAUUGAAUCAUCUUGUAAAAAUGACUGUGACGGCAUUUAAUAUAUAUAUUAACUGUUUUAGUGUAUCAAGGACCAAUCUAUAGUGGUUUUAGAGAGUAUGUUGUUAUUAACCAAUGAGAGUAUUUGUUUGUUAAUUUGUGGCGUUGAUAGUGAAAGACUGUUUUGUGUUUAGAUAGAACUAUUCAAAUUAAUCAGUGAAGUAUAAUCUUAAUCAAAUAAUUCAAUCAGUUUAAACAAACCAGUUUGUGGCUGGACAGUAGUUUCAAUUGGCAUAAAAUUCUAGGUCUGUUUCAAUAAACAAUUCACAGAUAUCGAAUCCAGGCACUUUUUGCGUAACCGUCAGUUGGUUUGAAAUAAAUGUGAUUUGAUACGUUUUUCACUUUGAGACUAAUGUUGGCUUUAUAUAAACUGUAACUCUUCAAAUUUUAGGAAGAAAAUGACAUUUUUGAGAUAUAUGAUCAUUAUAUGGGGACAUAUAAAGUUAAAAAUUUUGCUGAUGUAUAGAAAGAAUAUUGACAUCACAUGGAGAUAUCAAAAAGAGGCUCCCCACCAUUUGUUGUGUAUUAACAUCAUCUUACAAGAGUCAGCAAAUAUAAAACAACCCAUUAUGUGAUGCUAAUUGAUACACUACUUAUAAACCAUGUAGAAAUUUAGGUAUAUAUAAAACAAACUGUCAUGGAUCUUUUAACUAACUGCUAUGGAUCAUUUAAUUAAAGUCAAUGCAGAUCCAAGUUUAUAUGGGAUAAACAAAAUGCUAUGGAUCAUUUAAUUAUAAUCUUUGUAGUAAAAGUCUCCAUGAUACAUCAUUUGUAGGGUCGUAAAAGGAAAUUUGUGUAGUGGAGAAAGCUGUGAGGUUAAAUUCCAUAUAAGCAACAAUCUUUUACUAAAUAUAUUCUAAUUAUUAUACCAUGUUGGCAUAUGGAACAUUAUGUAUUUAGGAGAUUUCAGUCUUCCACUUCUUAGAUACUCUCUGUAGAACAAAUUGAACUUAUUAAAGCCCGGAACACACCCAAGGUUAUUUUCGAUCUCCAGCAUAUAAUCAUUGUGCCCCAACAUUUGCUGACAACAAGAGGUGGUUUUUAUAAGGUGAAAACAUUUCUUGCCAUUGGCUGAUAAUCAUCCAUAAUGGAAAAUUGAUAGGGUGUGUCAUGCAUCUUUUGCCUAACACUAACAGCUCUUUGCCACCAACAAAUAGGUCCGUUGGCUACAAAUAAUCAUUCUGGGUGUGUACAGGCCUUUAAAGGAGUACAAGUAAUUAUAUGGUAUAAUGAUCAAAGAUACACAUGAUUUAUAAGAUGUGUAUAAUUAUAGUGGAGUGAUGUGUUGAAGUAAAAAUGAAUAAAUUAUAAAAUCAAAUAUGA